UUUCCCCAUCCUUACUGAAGAUCCAUUCCACGGGCAGUGGGACCGUUGUUGUGUGACGUUGCUGAGCGCUGGCUGGGCAGUGAGCUCGCUAGGGAGCUGCUCCACCAUGUCUGAUCACCAGGAGUCUGAUGCUGAGGAGCAGUGGAACACGCUGGAGAAUUACAGAGCGAGGCUCACGUCGGUGAUAGAGCCGUGCCGGAUCACCCCUUACCUCCGCCAGUGCAAGGUCCUCAACCACGACGACGAGGAGCAGAUCUACAACGACCCCAGCCUCGUCAUCCGCAGGCGCAAAGUCGGCGUGCUGCUCGACAUUCUCCAGCGGACCGGGUGCAAGGGUUACAUCGCCUUCCUGGAGAGUCUGGAGCUCUACUACCCCGACCUGUACAGGAAGAUCACCGGGCAAGACCCCACGCGCACAUUCUCCGUUAUCCUGGAUGCGGGUGGAGAAUCGAGCCUGACAGAGCUGCUGAUGGCAGAGGUUCAGAAGCAGCAGCAGGCGGUGAUGCAGAGUCAGCGGCGGGCCCAGGAGGUGACCGCCCAGCUGAAGACUAAGGAGGACCUCAUCAAGCAGCUGCAGGUGAAGCUGAACGAGCUGCACAAGCACCAGGAGCGCUUCUGGAAGAUGCGGGAGGAGCGCAACAACUUCAGCGAGGAGCUGAAGAUGUGCAAGGAGGAGAACUACAAGUGGGCUAAGGACUUUGCAAUGCAGAGCGAAGAGAAGAACAAGGCCAUGAUGAAGAACAGAGACCUGCAGUUGGAGAUCGAGAAACUGAAGCACAAUCUGAUGCUGGCAGAGGAUGGAUGCCAGGUGGAGCGGACCCACACCAUGAAACUCAAGCAUGCCAUGGAGCAGAGACCAAAGCAGGAGCUCAUCUGGGAACUCCAGCGAGAGAACGACUUGCUCAAGGCAAAGAUCCAGGAGCUGGCCAGCCCCAUGAAGGUUGAGAAUGUCGAUAAAAAUAAGAUGUACAUCCAGAUCCUGGAAGAUGAUCGGAGGACAACGCAGGAGGAACAUCAGGAACUGGUCAACAGUAUCUACAGCUUGCGUAAAGAGCUUCAGGAUGUGGAGGAGUUACGAGAUAAGUAUCUGGAAGAGAAGGAGGUAUUUGAGCUGAAGUGCACGACACUGCAAAAGGAUUCGCAGAUGUACAAGGAUCGUAUAGAGGCGAUCGUCCUGCAGAUGCAAGAGGUGGCCACAGAGAGAGACCAGGCGCUGCAGUCUAGGGAGGAGAUCCACAAGCUGCACUCACACAGCCUGCAGCAGAAGGAUGAGUACCGCAAGCUGAUCCGCGAGAAGGGAGAGAGGUGCGACGAGCUGCAGAUCGAACUCUAUCGGCAGGAGGAGCGACUCCUCAACCUGCAGGCCACGCUCAAGCGGCUGAAGCAACUGCCGGACAGCUCGACCUCAGACUUUGAUGAGACCAGCUCCAAAGCGUCUCAGGAUGUCACUGUUACAGGAAUCCAGGAUACAGACCGAAGUUCCGCUGAAUGGUGUUGGACACAGAACACAGAGACGGUGAAGGCAGCCGGCUCACAGCCGUCUCCAGCUCUGGCGAAAUACUCCGACAUGAAAAUGCUGGUGGCCACUGAAGACCUACUGAAGGUGAAGUCCAGCAGGUUACGGAUGAAGAAAAGCUUUGAAGACUACAGAAGGAAGCGGGCGAUCCGCCUGAACAAACAGAUGAACGAGGGGGUGAAAGGAGGCGUGGCAGCGAGCGAGACCACCGACUCCGACUACUCCGACGGGGAAGGGAAGAACGAGGAUGGGAGUUGAUGCGUCUGCCUCUAGUGUCCCUGUGGCCCCCAGACUCUCCCUGUGCCCCCAGACUCUCCCUGUGGCCCCCAGACUGUCCCUGUGGCCCCCAGACUCUCCCUGUGGCCCCCAGACUCUCCCUGCAGCCCCCUGACUCUCCCUGGAUCUCGUUUACUCUGUGCCGUGUGUGUGUGUGUGUGUGUCUCUCUCUCUCUCUCUCUCUCUCUCUCUCUCUCUCUCUCUCUCUCUCUAGUUCUCUGUCUCCCCAUCACCACUCUGUCCCUUUGCCAUAGCAGCUACAUCUGAUUGAUCCAAACACAAGUCCAACAACACCAUGUCCCCGUCUAUGGUGACAUGGUUACAGGGUUGGUUUUUGUGAGGGGCCACCUCCCCUGUCACCGAGUACCGGCCUUCCACACGCCGGAUGAUGCUCUUCCAAAUAAAAUAGUCUGUGAACCUUGCGGUUAUCACAUUUCUUUCCUGCCCUUAAUUUGGUAAAUGGAUGCAACAAUCUAAACAGCAAAAUGGUUGCAGUAGCAGAUUAACCACAGAACUAUAAACAGGGCAGGUGUGAACUGUCCUGGUCUGUUACACGUCAUCACUUAACGGAGUCUGAAAAAUGCUCGUCCCCAAACGUCACCCAUUCCUUCUAUCCAGAGAUGCUGCCUGUCCCACUGAGUUACUCCAGCAUUUGGUGUCUAUCUUUGGUCUAAAUCAGCAUCUGCAGUUCCUUCCUACACAUUGCUUAACGGGAUAUUUAUCAUAGAGAGCGACCCUCUUUCAUGCUCAGUGACAGAUGGGCGAGGGAGGGGGUGAAGGGUCGUAGUUACGUAAAAUUGAACAAUUCGCCAUUCAUGCCAUUGGGUUGCAAGCGGCCCCUGUGGAAUUGAGGGACUGUUCCUCCGAGUCCAGUUUGUGUCUCUGGCAAUGGAGGUGGCCCAGUGUAGAGAGGUCAGUGUGGGAUUGGGAAGUUAAAAUAGUUAGCAACCGGGAGAUCUCGGAGGUGUCACCUAUCCGGGAGAUGCUGCCUGACCCGCUGAGUUACUCCAGCAUUUUGUGUCUUUUUUUGAAAGCCAGUAUCUGCAGUUCCUUGUCUCUACAUCUUCCUGGAUAGAAGGGGUUGGUUUUUCACAGGUGUCAGUGAAGCCGGGUGUCAUGUGUACAGCCGCCAGCAGAUGGCGGUGUUGGCCACGUUAUCCCACUCAGGAGCUGGGGUUGAAGGCAGUGGGGGGAAUGGGAGCUGUCUGGCUGUGUGUGUGUGUGUGUGUGUGUGGGGG